AUGUCUGUCUACGGACGUCAAACUAGUUAUGUUGUCAUACUGACACUACUAGUAGCAUUGAUGUUCUGCUUGUUGAUAUCACAUGUUGAAGGUGACCCUGCACCUAAUCCAGAAUUCCCAAUAUAUUCAAAGCGUAGAUCAGUUGUAUUUAUAGGUUGGAUGAAGGUGUUUAGUCAGGAUAAGGACGUGUCAUUGACAGUGUUACAUAAUAUAAUUCAAGAUCCAUCUUGGAGACCAUUGAGAAAUGGAAAGGAUCUGUUCCAGCGCGAUAGGAUACGCAGCUCUGGCAACACUACUACAUUCUCCUGUGUCAUAUCGUACGACUCGGGAAUGUACCAUUUCAAACAGAUCGAUCCAUUGAACACUGGCUACAACAUACAGAGUGGUCUGUUCAAUCUCACCGUGCAGGGCAACGAUACCAAGACAUUGCUGCUGGAUCGCGAGCCAUCUACAAGGGUGGUCACUGGCGAUGCGCUUCAGACCCAACCAAUCGUGUCAUGGGGCAUUACAAACACAGAGAGUCGCGGACGCAUCGAGCCGUUCAUCGUGUCUGCGCCAGAAUCAUCCACGCACUAUAUCACCUUUUCAAAGAUUGACAUUGACAGAACUGCCAAGACAACGACAUUCCAGGGUCUGGCCAUCGUUGGAGACGAGGGCGAGUACUCGAUCGGCUUUGUCGACUCUGACACAUGCGAGAUCGUGUUGGUCUCCCAGCCAAUAGAGGUGGUGGUCGCAUGGCCCUCGCUCAUUACCAUCAUCGUCGUGUCAAUGAUGAUCUCGCUCUGUGUGUUUGUCCUGGGUCUGGCCAUCCGUCUGUUUAUGAACCACGCGCGACACAACAUUGGCAAUGACAGCGCCAGCAGCGCCACAUCACUCAACUACCUAAAGUCCUUCCAAAUGUCCAUCUUGGUCAAGAACAUCGAUGAGUUUCUUGACCGUCGUGGCAGUGACUCAUUGCACAUCUACUUCAAAUCAAUCCGACUAUUCAUCAUCUUCACCAUCGUACAGACCGUCCUCGGUCUGGCUCUUCUCAUCCCUCUAUCAAUCAUUGGCAACAAUAGCCUAUUCGAAAUAUAUAUCUUAACUCAAUCAAAUUGGCAAUACGACUCUUCCAAACUAUAUAUAUAUCAAGCACUGGUAGUAGUUGUCUUUGUUUCAUUCAUAUUAUUAUAUUCAAGAUUCAACACCGAGCGUAUAUAUAAUCAACAUGACAGGAAUCAUCUUGUGGCUUCAAGAACAGUGCUGUUGGACGGACUGCCCAAGUCAAUGAUAGACUGUACCCUAUUGAGGGAAUAUGUCCAGAACUCUUAUUCAAAGGGUAUAUUCUCAUUGGCAUUGAUACUUGAUAAACACUUUAGUAGUGCACAGAUUGAACGUGAUUUGGAUGGCUUUACGGAUGGCUUCACAAAGGAUUUGAGCGCAGAUAUAAAUAAUAAGGAGGUGAUCUCAUCGACUGGACGAGCAUUCAUAACAUUCAGUUGUGUAUCGGAUGCUCAUCUGUUCCAGACACAGUUCUCACCACACAAGUGGACGUGGAUCAAGUCCAUUGCGCCAAUACCACCAUCUUCAUCCGAUGCCGAGCUCCAGAUCAAAAAGUGGCGUGCCUAUCAAGUGCCACGCGUCUCUGACAUCAUGUGGACCAAGCUACAUAGUCUCUCUGGUCAACACCGUCUCUGGCGAACCAUUCUCCAAGUCUUCAUUUCCAUCAUCCUUUUCAUGUCCAUUUCAUUCGCAGCAGUUCUACUUCACGACUCUCAAUUCGAAAGGCUGAAUAGGAGAGUGUACUUUAAGGCAGACUAUUCUAGGGCCAUUCAUUUCCUGGUCUACACAUUCCUACCUUGUAAUAUUCUGUUGUUUCUCAACCGCGUCAUACCUUGUAUUAUCAAACAGAUUCUUGUAAAGUCCCGUAUCUUUGUGCGUAGCUCACUCAAGUCCAAGAUCCUGCUGACCACCUUCUACGCCCAGGCACUAUCCAUCGUCUUUGUGCCAUCCUUUUACUUUGUCAUCAUGAUGGGUUCACCCGUCGACGACGUCAACAUCUUCUUCUCACCUGCCAACUUCUUUAGGACUGGCGGAUUCUUUUACUCUCAAUUCAUUAUAUAUUAUGCGAUCGUUACACCAUUCUUGGACAAAUCAAGGAUAUAUAGUAACGCCGCCAACUUGUUACGAUUCCAUCGAUACAAACAGAAUGCACUCAUUGCCGAACGAUUCUUGGACCUGUCUACACAAUAUGGCAAUCUAUUGUUGUUGGUAAUGAUGGUUGCAAUCUACGCACCACUCUUCCCAAUACUCUACUUGGCCCUGCUGCUCUACCUCAUCACCAAGUACUUCUUUGACAAGUAUACGAGCAUCUCGUCAAAGAUUAGGAACCCGCCAUCAGAUCGUUUGCUGGUCGAGCCUUUACAGCACUGCAUAUGGAUGAUCAUCACGUGCAUCGCCAUCUUUAACGUUGGCUACGUGCUGAUGCUGUCUAGGAUCGAUCUGAUCUUUGUUUAUGGCUUCCUAUUCAUUGUGGGUCUCGGUCGAUACGUGCCAUCAUGCUCAAAGAGUCUGUGCUAUGGUGUGUGUGACGGUGCUGUCAUGCCUUGCAUGGAGUCUGAUGGCUGGUUGCUCAGACGACUGAGACGAAAGGGCAAGAAGGACAAGAGCGGCGGUGGAGCCGACAAGGACAUCAAUAGCGAGGUCAAUAGUCAAGCCGGCGCCGAACAGACAGAGGACAACAGCGACAGUGACGACAGCGACUAUGAGUAUGAUGAACAAAUCAAUGACAUUAACUCGCCAUCACAGCAUGAUGGAGUGAAUGGCGUGGUAAUGGAGAUGAGGGAUAUUGGAUCACCAGACAACAACAAGUCCCGACCCACCCAGAGUCUGAGAAUGACGCUGGACAUUGAACAGGACUAUGCCAUGGAGUCGCCCGGUAGAUCAUUCUUCUCCUUCCUGUACAGCUCACGAUUCCAACUUCCCAGUCCUAAGUCCAUCACCAUCCACCAGUACUUCUCGCCCCUCUACCGUACAGGUUUUUCCAUGUUUGCCCAAGACUAG